UUGGGAGGAAUGUGGGCCCAGAUUAUAUUAGAAAUAUUUUCGGGGGUGGCUUCUAAGUCAGUUGUGUAGACUCUAUGAAGAUGGGGGCCGCCGAUUCUUUUUUGAAAUUCACGGCUUUGGGCAUAACCGAGUAUUUUCCCCAAAAUGUGUUUAUUAUUAAUAAGGUCGGUUAAUUUUCUUUUCUUAUCUUCAUAGACUCUACACAUUACAUCAAAACGGUCAACUAAUUUUUGGUUUUUAUGGAGGAAGUUACGUUUAAUUUCGGGCCAGUUGGGAUUGGAAGUAAAUGUCAACAUGAAGGAUGCACAACCCUUUUGUCUCGUGCGAGACAUAAUUGUUGUGGCAUCGUAAAACAUGUCUUGGAAGUAGGGCCGGGUCCCAGGAUGAUAUCUACGAAAGAAUACUACACUUGUAAUGUCGUCGACUGAUUUCAGUCGGCCGUCAUUAGCCAAGUGUUUAAGAAUUGUUGGGGGGACAGU